AUGAGCCCCCUCCACCGUCCCGGGGCCUCUAACCAUCAAAUCCCUCGUCAACGCGAACGAAACAAUACUACACCCCUCCUCAACCUCCUCUGCAACCUCAAGUGCCCUACCAAGAACCCUUUCUUCAGGUACGAUCUCAGAGAAGGGAUUGGCGAGGAGAGGGUGCGAGGCGGGGUACACGGCUCCCGUAGUGAUGAGGUGGAGAGAUCUAGAGAGGCCUAUGAGACGAGGGAGGAGGAAGGAAGAAGCUGCUUCCAUGACGAUACCCCGCCGCGCGAAGACGAAGCCGAUUUUUGCGCUCGAGGAGACGAUGCGGAUGGCGCAGGGGAGGGUCAUAGUAAUACCCACGCGGAUGGCGUGGCCGUUUAG